CCACAUGCUCGAGGAAUGGACCGGGGGGUUAGCGGGAGCCUCGGACGAAAAGAAAAGGGCCGCCACGCCCCUCCCUCAACCUUCGAAGGUACCGUAGCUACUACCAAGGUACGCCUCUUGGUUCUCGACCUUCGAACAACGUCUCUCCAUGGCAACUUGACUGGGUAGCUCGUCCUGGGCCCCCAUAUUAUCUGCAAAAAUGCCGGGCACCUCUCGCAUGCCCAUCAGCUUGAGAGAGAGCUUCAACAGUGUCAAGAAAGCUCGGCCGAGAAACCCGUUGGCCGUGCUGAACUUGGAUCUGCUUCGCCAGAUCGUCUUUUUCCUCUUUGUUCUGCGAUGGACUCGACGGGUGCUGUGGAAACUGAAGGGACGGGGCCUCUUGGGAACGAUCGUCGAGCUAUACACCGAUGUCCGCCGAGUCUUGUACGGCUACUUCCUGCGGGCACCUGGGGUGCGCUCCCGAGUGCGAAAGCAGGUCGAUGAGGCGCUCGGCAAGAUGCAGACCAAGUUGGUACCUGCCAACACGACGAGGUAUCUAACCCUGCCGAAGGAGGGCUGGACCGACGACGCCGUCCGGAAGGAACUCGAGACCCUGGCGAACAUGGACCACACUCGGUGGGAGGACGGCUACGUCAGCGGCGCCGUCUACCACGGCGAGGACGAGCUGCUCAAGCUGCAGACGGAGGCAUAUGGGAAGUUCACGGUCGCCAACCCCAUCCAUCCGGACGUCUUCCCCGGCGUGCGCAAGAUGGAGGCCGAGGUUGUCGCCAUGGUGCUGAACCUCUAUAAUGCGCCGCAGGGGGCGGCAGGCGUGAGCACAAGUGGCGGCACCGAGAGCAUAUUGAUGGCGUGCCUGAGCGCAAGGCAGAAGGCAUAUGUCGAACGGGGCGUCACCGAACCAGAAAUGAUUCUGCCCGAAACGGCACACACGGCCUUUAGGAAAGCUGGAGAAUACUUCAACAUCAAGAUCCAUCUCGUAUCCUGUCCCGCCCCGACCUACCAGGUUGACGUGCGCCGCGUAUCUCGCCUCAUCAAUAGCAACACGAUCCUUCUUGUAGGGUCGGCCCCGAACUUCCCACACGGUAUCAUCGAUGAUAUCUCGGCGCUCUCGAAGCUUGCGCUCAAGCGCCGUCUACCAUUGCACGUCGACUGCUGCCUGGGGUCAUUCCUGGUGCCUUUCCUCGAAAAGGCAGGCUUCGAGACGGAGCCGUUUGACUUCCGCGUCAAGGGCGUCACCAGCAUCUCGUGCGACACGCACAAGUACGGCUUCGCGCCCAAGGGCAACAGUACCGUCCUCUACCGCACUGCGGAGCUGCGCACCUACCAGUACUUCGUCGACCCCAGCUGGAGCGGCGGCGUGUACGCGUCGCCCGGCAUAGCCGGCAGCCGGCCGGGCGCCCUCAUCGCGGGCUGCUGGGCAAGCAUGAUGAGCGUCGGCGAGGCCGGCUACGUGGACAGCUGCGAGCAGAUCGUGGGCGCCACCAAGAAGCUCGCCGACCGGAUCCGCGACUCGCCGACGCUGGCCGCCGAGCUCGAGAUCCUGGGCCGGCCCCUCGUCAGCGUCGUGGCCUUCCGGGCCCGGAACCUGGACGUCUACGACAUCGCCGACGGAAUGUCGGCCAAGGGGUGGCACCUCAACGCGCUGCAGAACCCGCCGGCCAUCCACGUGGCUAUCACGAGGCCGCUCGUGAAGGUGUGGGAGCGCCUCGCCGCAGACCUCGAGGCCGUCGUCGAGGCCGAGCGCGAGAAGGAGCGCGUGCGCGCCGUCGAGGGCAAGGGCGCAAAGGGUCCCGCGGGCGGCGACGCAGCUGCGCUGUACGGCGUAGCCGGGAGCUUGCCUAACAAGGCCGUCGUUGUUGAUCUGGCUACUGGGUUCUUGGAUUUGCUGUACAAGGCCUGAUCUGAUGAGUGUCUGUGUGUUUGUGUGUGUUGGCGGGAAGGGUUUGGGGGUGGAAAUGUAUUGGGUUGAGACUGCCCAGAUUGGGAUGACGCGCGGUUUCGAAGACUGGGAGGCGUUCAUUAAGAAGGGCGGCAUCGAGAAGCCCCUCUAGCCCUCCUAACCCUGCAUUUUUCCAGGCUGUACACAUAGAUGGCAUUGAUGGGGAGUAAUGGAAUUGAGUCUGUCACAUGCAGUUUUCUCGAUAAGAGAAGCAUUCGGUACCUUUAGGUAUGAAUAAGACAAUUCUGUCUAGCCCUCUACUAUUUACAAUAUUAUGCGACAA